CAGAGGUUAUAUUAAUGAGAGUAGCAAUAUGGCGGAAUUGUUUUAGCUAAGUACAGUUGACAUGUCUCAUGGACACAGUCAUGGUGGCGGCUGUUCUUGUGGAGCGGAGCACACAGAAUCUCCAGAGCGGGGAAUUGAAUAUGGUUUAUACCAGAAGAUCGACAUGGAUAAGCUGCAGUGUUUAAAUGAAAACCAAGAAGGCAGUGGAAGAACGGUGUUCCGAGCAUGGGAAGAGAGAUGUGACAGAAGCCUGUUUGUAGAAAGCGACGCUGAUGAGGAAUUGCUGUUUAACAUCACUUUCACUGGAAAUGUGAAGUUGAAAGGGAUCAUCUUGAUUGGGGAUGACAGUGAUAUGCACCCUGCAGAAAUGAGACUGUUUAAGAACAUACCCCAGAUGAGUUUUGAUGAUACUGGUCGUGAAGCUGAUCAGGUCUUUAGUCUAAAUACUGACCUUACUGGAGAGCUGGAGUAUCCCACAAACUCGCUUUUCAAACGUGACACAUCUCUCAAUCCAUAUUUCCAAGAACUUUGGAGCAGAGAAAACAAAGAUUUAUUACAUUGGUUUAAAGGGUGAAUGGACAGAGGCACAUCGACACGAAGUGACAAUCUGCAAUUACGAAUUAUCCGCAAAUCCAUCGGAUCACAAAGCUAAACAGAUUACACCGGAGACUCACUUCAUCUCUUAAACAGUGGUGUUUCAGACAAUACAUGUUAAUAAAUGGUGUUUUGUGUGUUA